UGUUAACAACAGGAAACCUCAUCAGUUAAGACAAGCCUUUCACAUUUAUAACUUAGAAGCCUGGGAAAAGGAAGCUUGAAAUGGAAUAUUCCACCACCAAAAUUUCCCCAGGAAAGAUAAACAUCUCAGCAGGCCACGCCCUGUUAAAAUCUCCCAGGUUGAGAAAAUUCCAACAGAAGCCUGAAGAAGCUUGCACGAUGUACUUUAUGCAGCUACGCUCCGGCCUUAUCAUAAAAAAGGCCUGUUACUUUAAGAAAGAAACCACCCAAAGACAUUCACUAAAAACAACUAGAAAGUACAAAAAGCAACAUUUGUUAUGCACCACCUGUGCGCAGCACCUAGAACAGUCUGCAGAGAGCUUCGCCUUUGGUAUACCUAUGGUCCAGCGAUGUGCUACAGCAAUCAAUAGGUCAAGUAUCCAAGAACGUCCUGUUUCCCUGAGCACAUACAAUGAUCAAUCCAUUAAUUUUGCUUUUGUGGGUGAAGGUUAUGAGAUCUCUGUUGAAGAUAUAGGGAAAAAACAAAAUAAAGGCAAGGUGUUAUUCCGUUACUAUGAUUCGCCAUCCCCCACAAUGGAAACAGGUGAUGAUGUCGAUGGUCAUGGAUUAACGGUAAGCCUGAGUCCUACAAAUGACAAAGACUUCUUGCUGCAUGCCAACAACCAGGAGUACUCUGUGGAGCUACAAAAAUGUGAAAACCCACUGCCAGACCGGAUCUUCUUUCUCCUUCACAGGGAGCCCACAUCUUCCGAAUAUGUUUCAUUUGAAUGUAAGAGCAAUCGUGGGGUUUUUAUAGGAGUAAAGGAAAACCGGCUUGCUCUAAUUAAAGUAGGGGACAAAACUGAGGGUUUAAGUAGAGAGAAUAUCAUAUUUAAGCUCUCUUAAACUUAAUGUGAUAGAAAGCUGUGGAUCCUGGAUUGGGUAGCCUGAAGAAGGGAUGAGAGAUUUAAAAAAGAGGGACAGAUAACAUUUAAGGGAAAUAGUUCUUAGCAUACUGUGGAAUGUUUUCUUUAUUAUGUGUAAAAACAUUUUUUGUAAUCCUUCAUUUCUGUUUUUUAUUUCCCUCUGUAUUGCUGCAUAUUCAAUACUAGUAUUAGUAUAUUGAAUAUGGUAUUGGUAAAGAGACCUGCCAGCAUUCUGAAGAGAUACAGACCUUUACUUUUUUCUGCUUUCAGUCUAGAAGGAACUUACUGUUUAGAGCUGAGACCUCUGGAGAAAAAGCAAGGGCCUUAACCCAAGUUUUAUUUUAGAUAGGAAUCCAUUUUAAAGAGCUACAUAAGAACAUAAUUUUCCCUGGUUUCAAACAAUGGGCUCAAACACUAGAGAUGCUAGGAAAAACAUGACCAGAGCAGAUGCCUAUAUGGCUAGUCAGGUAAUAUAAAUAUGUGGAAAAGGCAAGGAUAAUUUUAAAAUUAAGAGAAAUAAAUACAGUAUUUAUAAAUUGAAUGAUUUCACCUUCUAAUUUUUUAAAUUCUGAUUUUUAUAGACUGAGUUAACUAUAAGCAAGGCACUCUUACUUUAGGAAGUGAAAUAAAUUUUAGUUCAGACAUAGAAUUAGAAUCAUUAGAAAUAUCUAACAAACUAAAACAUUUUUCAAAAAAGCACUGAGCCACAACAUAAGUUAGAGUAUCUAAGUACCCUAGUGGAGCCAAAAGUCCUCUAACCCAUUAGAUCUAGUUGAGACAUAGGUCCAAUAACUGGCUUUCCCUCAUGUUUAUGGCAUACCAUGUACUUCUGACCCAGCUUCCAGGGAUUAAUGGCAUUUGAUAUACUUGUCACCUUGGACAAAAUUUCUUCUAAUCCUUUCUUCCUAUGUGCACAAGUCUUUUCAUUGGCCAGCUUCCCAAUGACACUGCUUACUAUAAAAUAUUUGUUUGAUUUCUGUUCCUUCUUUAUUUCUUUUGACCAACCAUGUCCUUGAUAUACCUUUGGCACCCUGAGUUUCAUUUCCAUGUCACCUGACAUCUGGAUGCCAACACCUUUUUUCGGCUUUGUCUACCUGAUGUUGUAAGAUUUUACAUAAACCUAUCGAUGGCAAUAUUUUUUAUUAAACAUCUUUGUGUUUUACUGUUACUAAGGUAGUAAAAUUUAUACUCAACCAUGUAACAUUUUCGACUACUAAUGGAAUAGUUUUGCUUACUUUAAGGCCUUAACAAUUCCUACUAUAUUUUUUCAUAGGCUUGACACUGACAAUAAAUGAUAAACAUAAUAAUAGAAUACUUAUGAAGUGACUUUUUCUGAAAGUAUAAGCUUUUUGAUUUCUAAUUUGUUGAGAUCUAUUAUAUAAUUACUGGUAGAACUUAAAAGAGGCUGAAAAUUACUGUAUAAGGGCAAACAAUGGUAUAACAAUAUAUCUUUAUUUCAUUAUUUUGUCAAUAAUUUUUCUAUAGAGACAAAAAAGCAGAAUUGAUAUCAUCUUUGAAAAAACACUGAAUGUUGACCAUGUGCAUUGUAUGAUAUAC